GAAUGGGGCUGGUGUGAGGGCUGUCAGUCCUAUCCUCGGAGGCUCAGCCCCAGGAAUGGAGCUCCGGCCCUACCAGUGGGAGGUGAUCCUUCCAGCCCUGGAGGGCAAGAACAUCAUUAUAUGGCUACCCACGGGCACAGGCAAGACCAGAGCUGCUGCAUAUGUGGCCAAGAGGCACCUGGAGACGGUGGACGGGGCGAAGGUGGCUGUGCUGGUCAACAAGGUGCACCUGGUGACCCAGCACAAGGAAGAAUUCAGUCAUCUGUUGGACCCCAAAUGGAAUAUUGCCACAGCGAGUGGGGACAGCGGGGUUCGGGCUGGCUUUGGACACAUGUCCCGCACCAACGACCUUGUCAUCUGCACUGCUGAGCUGCUUCGACUGGCCCUGAUCAGUACCGAGGAAGAGGAGCAUGUGGAACUCAGUGCCUUCUCCCUCCUGAUAGUUGAUGAAUGUCACCAUACCCAAAAGGACUCUGUCUACAAUGUCAUUUUGAGCCUCUACCUGGAAAGAAAACUUCAGGGAGCCAGGGACCUGCCCCAAGUGCUUGGUCUCACAGCUUCGCCUGGAACUGGGGGAGCUUCUACCCUGGAGGGGGCAAAAAAACACAUCCUACAGCUUUGCGCCAACCUGGACAUCUGUCAAAUCAUGUCACCUCAGAAGCACUAUGAACAGCUGGAGGAGCACAGUCCUCAGCCCUGCAAGCGUUAUGACCUGAGCCAAGAACGGAACCCGGACCCAUUUGGAGACCUGCUGAAGAAGGUCAUGGAUAAAAUCCAUGACAGACUCCAGAUGCCAGACCUGAGCCGGGACUUUGGGAGCCAGAGAUACGAGCAGCAGGUGGUGGAGCUGAGCAAGGAAGCAGUGGAGCAGGGCUUGCUCCAGCGGCGGGUGUUUGCUGUGCACCUGCGUCGGUACAAUGACGCACUGCUCAUCCACGGUGCCGUGCGGGCAGUGGACGCCCUGACCUUGCUGGGGAGCUUCUACGAGGAGGAGCGGAUGACGAAGGUCGGGAUCUUCUCUGCCGAGGUCUGGCUGCUGCGGCUGUUUGAAGAGCACAAGGAAGCUCUGGCUUUAUUGGCCAGUGACACCCGCUUUGAAAACCCAAAGCUGGAGGAUCUGGAGCGGAUUCUGCAGGAGCAGUUCAGCACCCCUGGGCCCUCCCGGGGCAUCAUAUUUACCCGGACCCGCCAGAGUGCCCACGCUCUCUUCCUCUGGAUCCAGGAGCAGCCCAGAUUUGGGCAGCUGGGCAUCAGGGCCCACGUGCUGACCGGGGCAGGACACAGUAGCCAGACCAUCCACAUGACCCAGAGAGAGCAGCAGGAGGUGAUCCAGAAAUUCCGGGCUGGCACUCUGAACCUACUUGUGGCCACCAGUGUGGCCGAGGAGGGGCUGGACAUCCCUCUGUGUAACAUGAUAGUACGCUACGGCCUCCUGACGAACGAAAUCUCAAUGAUGCAGGCACGGGGUAGAGCCCGGGCAAGCCAGAGUGUGUACUCAUUUGUGGCCACCCAAGGGAGUCGAGAGCUGCAUCGGGAACGGACCAACGAGGUGCUGGAGUCCUUGAUGAAGCAGGCCGUGUCGGAGAUACAGAGGAUGGAUGAGACUGAAUUCAGAGAGAAGAUCCUGGCCCUGCAGCUGGAGGCUGUGAGCCAGCGCAGGGCCCAGGCCGCUAAGAAGUUGGGGCAGAGGACAGAGUUCCAAGCAGACACGGUGAGGCUUCUUUGUACCAACUGUGCUGAGCCUGUGGGCUAUGGAAGUGACCUGCGGAAGGUGGAGGGCACACACCACGUCAAUGUGAACCCCAAUUUCACCUUCUACUACAAGGCUUCCUUGAAACCUGUGACCAUUGACCGAACCUUCAAGGAUUGGCAACCCGGAGGUUCCAUCAGCUGCAAGAAAUGUGGAGAGGUAUGGGGUCUGGAGAUGAUCUAUAAGUCAGUAAAACUGCCUGCCCUGAAAAUUCGGAGCCUGGUGUUAGAGACCCCCAGAGGGCGGCGAAAGGUGAAACAGUGGUCCAAGGUACCCUUCCAGGUGGCUGACUUGGACUACGUCCGGGACUGUGACUUCCAACUGACUAAAUAAAUAACCAGCUAAAGGUGGCCUCAACUCGCCAACCAUUGUCCAGGGACUUACCCCCGCCCCCGCCCCCACUUACUUGAGGGGCUGGGGGCUGGAGGGAGACCUGAGACCUGCAUCAGUAUAUGUCUGUCUGAACAGCCUUAUUUAUCAGCUCAAACCCUCCUCUCUCUUCGUUUAUUAUGAAUA